UAUGCAUCUUUUGAAAUUCAAACUACUAUUGAUUUUAGUUUUUAAGGAAAGAAUUCAAUUCGGGCGAUGCUGCCAAGAAAUCACGUAUGUUAAACAGCGAUGAUCCUCUUAUUAGUCUUACAGACUUGUGGCAGAUGUGGAGAAAUAAUCCUGCAUUCAACUGGACUGUGAGAGAUACUACUCAGUGGUUAGUUAGUCUGGUGGAUCUCCCUCAGUACGUUGAUUUAUUUCGUCAACAUAAUUUAGAUGGUCGUUCAUUACCACGGUAAAUUUUCAAUAUUAAUUUUUUUUACAAAGUCUGAUUUGGAUAAAAUCUCAUCAGGACUUAUAUUUCAUUAUUUAUGUGCAGGAAUCAUGUGUUCAGUAUGUCUUUACAGUCGUAUGCACAGUGCCCUAUUAAAAUCCAUAUCAUUUUGCGUCAUUAAUGCAUUUACAUUAAAAAAUUUGUGUAUUAUUUUUAUUAUGAGUGCAAAUGAGAACUGUUUUCCCCAUUUUAUUCUUCAUGUAAUUGUUGUAGUAGAUUCAAUCAGUCUUGCUUUUGACGCAGGUUUUUCCAGUGGAAUUAGAAUUUCAUACUUUACCAAUAAUUCGAACACAUUUCUUUAAAAUAAUAUACACUGAUCUUCAUAAUCUUCAUGAAUUUUACCCAACAUUUCUCCUAAUCGUUGUUGUGUAGAAAUAUUCGUUGAGUUAUUAAUUGCGGGAGAAAUAAUCACUUCAAGUUGGCCUCAUUUAGCGACAUGAGUUGUUUGUCAAGUUUAUGUUAUUCAAAUAAAGCAACCUCCAUGUUUAUUAAUUUCGGAUUACCAUUUUGUACAAACUAAGUGUUUUGUGCUCAAGAUUGUAGGAUGAACUAGCGCCUUCAACGCAAAUAUUGUAUAUAAAAACACCGGGAAAUAUCUUUCUUGACCUUCAAGUAACUCAAAGUCUGGUAUAUUUACCAUUCGGUUUAAAAUAUAUUUAGAAAAUGUGUUAUUUCCAUUAAACAUGUACAUACAUGAUCAAUCAUUGUAAUUUUAGUGUACAGUGACACUUUUAAACCUUUUUGAUGACCAAAAUUCUACAAUUCGAAGAGAUCGAAAAACAAUCUUGAUUUUGUUGUCAGCAUACUAACUGUUGACUGUCUCAAAUAUUGUAUCAACGUAUGUUUUAUUAUCUCAAAGUUGUUUUUAUUCUAGUUGUUUAAUUUUGCUGACUUUAAAAAAAACACUACAGUUCUGUUGUAAGUUGUUUGAUAAUGGGUCUAAUUUAAAAAUAUUUAUUCUGUGAACUUUUGUUGACAACCAGCCAGUAUUUAAUUUUACUGAGAACAAGUGACAAUUGCUUACUUCAUAUGAAGCAGAUUUUUUCCGUUUUUCCCCUACAGUAAUUAUGUGUGGUAGUUUUAUGUAGAAUCAAAUUGGACUUGAUUAGUUUUCAAGCUGAUAUGACAUGGAUCAGAAUAUUUUUCUUUAUCAUUUUUACAGCUUGGCUAUGCAAAAUAUGAGCUACUUAACCGAUGUCCUGGGGAUUCAGAAUCCGAUACACAAGAAGAAAUUGAUGCUUCGUGCUUUGGAUGUCAUUCUGUUUGGACCUCCAAGACAGCCAGUACUUGUGUCAGGAAAUGUUUCUCUAGUCACAUUGUCAAUAGGAUUGUUAUGCGUUUCGUUUGUGGGCUUUUCUCAUUGGUUCUACCAUGCAUCAAGUUUUUCGGAGAAAAAUCCCGUUGGUGAAAAUCAGAAAAAAUUAAAUGUUGCUGAACAAACACUAAAACAACUUCAAAAAAGGUUAGAUGAUGUGGAGCAAUUAAGGCAAACGUUGAAUGCUUAUGAAGUAAAUCAACAUUUUGCGUCAUCAUCAGCUCCUAAGAGUAUGAAAAGGGAUAAUUUGUCAUCGCCUCAUCUUAAAAGUAUGGAAGCGUUGAAUGAAGAUAGUCUUAAUACUCAUAAACAAUCAUACGAUCAUUCAUCAUACAUACCGUCGUCAAUUGCUGAAUUCAGUUUGUCUACUGACUUAUAUAAUGAUUCUUUACAUCCGAAUUCCUUGAAUAAUUAUAAUAUAUACUCAGCAAACGAUCCAUUGAAUUUAGAUCAAAUACGUAAUUUACAAUGUCGCAAAAUUCUAAAUUUGAAGGGACGAAGUUCUGGAAAUGAGUUUUGUUCACCAGUUACUUUAUCAACAAAUCCUUGUAAUAAAUACCAUCUAGGUGAACCCUAUUAUGAACUUAGACAUUGGCUACAAGUUACUUAUGAAUUGGAACUUAAACGUUAUUGUGAAAAAAGAAUGAAAGCUGAAAAGAAACUGGAUUUUGCUCGUCAAUCUUGUAGACGUUUUAUGCGUAAACGUUAUGGUAUUUUUGGUUCAGUUCGACUAGUAAAUGCGAUAAAUUUGGAUGAAUUGGAAAAUCGUUUGAUUAGUGCGAAACAAGCUUUGGAUCAACUUGAAAGUGAAGUUCAAGAACGUAUAAAUCGUUGGAGUCGUAUUGAAGCUUUAACUGGUCACUCGAUACGUUCAGACAUUCAUAAUCAAUGUGCGAAAAGUACUAUUUGUGAAACUACAAGUUCAAUUCCUUGUUCAAUCGAUAAGUAUAGAUAUUGUAAUGGUAGUAUGAAGUCUAGUGAUUCUGAUCGUUUGUCAUCUAUGAUUGAAGAAACUUCUCUAGAAUCUAAUCGUUUUCCUAAAUCUACUGGUAAUGGUUUAGUGAAUGAUUUCGAUUGCACUCAUAAUAAAGAAAUUUUCAACUUGAAAGAAUCAUUUCAAUUAAACACUGAAACGACUGAUACAUUCAGGACAAGUUUACCGCGAAAUUAUUCGUUUGUUCGACCAUUUGCUACUUUAUGGAGACGUAAGACAAAAUCUGGUCGAGGUAAAUCAGAUUCUAAACAGUAAUUAUAUAGAAUUUCUCUCUUUUUCCUCAGAGUAAUACACUUAUUUUAAUUUGUUUUCUUCCACUAUUUAUCUUCACAAGAUGUCAAGCUGAAUUUUUAAAAUGACUUCAUUAGAUUCUUUGUUACUUCCUGUUAUAUAUAUACGAAUAACCUUAGCAUACAUUCCUUUAAUCAUUAGUGUGUCUUUCUAUUAGACUGUAUAUUUGAAUCUUAAGGGGGAAAUUCUUUGACUGAAAUCACUGUGUUUAGAAAUUUUGUGCAAUUUUGACUUUAUUUUCAAGCGGAAAUUUAUCAUUUAUUUACCUUGACCUGUUUACUUAAAUCUUUUGACUGCCAUAGUACUUUACAUUUGCUAUAAUAUACCUAUAUUUGUUUUCCUCUUUUGUUUGUACUUUCAUAAUAUUACCCAGGUUGGUAAUAACUUUAACUGUGUUAAAGGCAUUUAUAUUUAUUUUAAUUAAAUUUUUUCUUAUGA